UACCUCCGAUUCUGCCAAUUUCUCGCUCUCGUCGUCUUCCGCCAGUACCAGCUCCGGAAACAGUGACAAGGGAUCCAAAACCAAGAAAAAUAGACGUACCAGCAAUAAAACCGCAUCUCAGGCCAAAACCAAGAAGCAAAAGAAAUCUUGGAAGAAAUCUAGUGAUUGUUCCGAUGCCUCUGUGUCCCCCGGCAAAGUCUGCAAACAGACCAAAGGAAGUCCAAAAAAAACUCUGCGAAAAAGUGCAGCUCUGGCCGCUAAUAAGAUCAAAUGCAUGAGUGACGGAGACGGCGCUUCCAGUUCAGAUGGCAAGGAAAGCAACACUUUUAGGACUGUACCUCUCCGUACGGCUGCAGCCGUAGCCAUGAAACGCCUCUGUGACCUUGAGCAAGAGGAGAGCACAAAGAGCGACAGCGAGUCGGACGUCGGGACUCUGGAGGAUGUUGGCGAACCACCGUCAGAAAUGUCAGAAAGCACGGCGUCGAAGAGAGAGAAUACUCCUUUAGUCAUCUCUGAUGAAGACUCUUCCCAAAGUCCAACCUACACCGAGCCUCGGCAGUCUCGUGGAAAUAAUAUCUACUCAGAGUCAGAGUCUGAUUCCGAGCCUGUUGUAAAUUCCAAGAGACAGAGGAAAGCGCUUCAACAACUAAGCGAUUCCACCUCCGACUCAGAAAGUGACUGGAGCGCUUCUUCUAAGUCUUCUGAGUCUGCAGAGAAGGCCUCCGAAACGGACGAAUCCCAAAGCCGUUCGGACUCCGAGUCGGAUGAUAACUCUGACAGCAAAACAAAUGGAAAACUGCGCACUAAAUUAAAAAAGCUGAAAAUGGUCAUUUGGUACGACGACGAUGACGACGACACCACAGAUCGUGGGCAAGACAAGAAACACACUCAGUCUUCUGAGAACCAAGAAGGAAAAAUCUGAAUCCUUCUGCCUCGUACGGCUUCGACAAAAGCUAAGAAGAGGCUCGUGGAUGACGCUCAAACUGAGGAUGAUUCCAGUAGCAGCGAUUCAGAUACUUGCGUUCCUUCCGUGAAAAAACCAAGAAGCGAACGUCCUCGUUCUCCAUCACCAGCUGGUACUGGCCGAGGACUCGCCGAAUCGGAUUCUUCCCUUUCCGAUUGGAAUCCACGUAACAACUUAAAGUGGAAACUCAGCGCUCCGUCGCGUGACCCGAAAAGGAAACGCUGCAUCGAUGAUUGAUGGGAGACGCAGAACGGGAAGUAACGGAAGAACAGGCUGGCGAGAAUCGGCGCCACUUAUUCGAUUCUCUCGGAUGAGAAAUUUCUUGAUGCAGGAAUAUUAUUUGAUUAAAUACUUGAUUUAAAAAAAAAAAGUGACUUGCACUUGCUCUGUAGGGCUUCAACCGUUCAGAUGCCAGCUUGUAUAUCGGGUCUUUCGACUCUGGACAAGCGUGCUGUUUUACUCAGAUUCAGGACGUUUGUUGGUAAGGUUCCUCAGCUACCUAUAAAUACUAAAAAAAACAACAACAACAAAGCCUCAUUUAACUGCUGGGAAUAUUAGCCAUUGAACACAAAUUUGCGCAAAUGUACUUU